CCCUCAUUCCAUUUCCAACGAAUAUACCUCAACUCUACAGAACACCCAUAUUACGCCAUAAUGUCUGACACUGACAUGUCAGUAAGUAUUGUAGAGGCACAAGACCUCCCAUCACUUGGCACUCUCCACGCCAGAGCUUUCCAUCCAAAAAGCGAAUGGCACCGCAGAGUCUUGCCCAGCUCCAUCGCGCCAUGGUGGGAAGAGAAAUACGCCCUCGACAUCAACGACCCGACGUACCAUCUUCUCAAAAUCGCAUCACCAGACUCUUCAGCCACUGUGCUGGGCUUGGUCUGCUUGCGCAAGUUUGAAGCUGAUGAGAGAGGAGCUGGGCGCUGGAGCGAUUUCCCUCCCCCAUCGCAGGCUGACCGCGAAGCCUACAAGGCCAUGGUCAAGUCCAUGAUCGAGUAUCGCGAGCGGUUCAUGCUCGGCCGCACACAUAUUUGUGUCGAUCACUUUGCUGUUGACUUCGAUCACCAAGGUCGCGGCCUCGGCACUCGGCUGAUGGCGAGGGCAUGUGAGAUUGCAGAUCAGGAGAAAUUGGACAUGUUUGUUGAAGCCAAUGAGUUUGCAGAGACCUUCUACCAGAGAUUUGGAUUCAAGACUGAGCAGAGACUUGAGAUGCCCGGGGGACUGACGGAAUGCUUUCUUAUCCGGCCGUUUGGACAAUGACGGAGGAGCAUCAAGGCAAGCUGCCUGCACUUUUUCUCCGCUUUUCUAUCUUGCCAGUUCCGGUUUAGCAUGCAUUAGCUUUUAUGUCUCGUC